AUGGCAUAUUUGUGUCAGCUGCUCGACCCGUAUGUGGCCAGUGCCACACGUCGGAGUCGUGCGCUCACAGUGCCCCAAACCAUCUGCAUUGCCCUGCGGUACUUCGCCACGGGUACCUACCUGUAUGCUGUUUCCCCAGAGAAAGUAAAACUUGAGGUGGAGAAACUGGAGUAUGAGAAGAUGAUGACAUGUGACCAUAAUUGCAUGGUCACGAGCAUCGACGCCAAGUGGCCUGGGUCGGUCCAUGACUCCCGGAUCUUCAGGGAGUCCACACUGUGCCACAGACUCGAGCAAGGGCUGUUCAGUGGAGUGCUUGUCGGUGACAGGGGAUAUGCCUGCCAGCCCUUCUUGAUGACCCCCUAUCCUGACCCUGAUGCAGGGCCACAAACUAGAUUCAACGUGGCCCUUUCCAGAACCAGGGUCAGGAUAGAAAUGACAUUUGGCAUCCUGAAGGCCCGCUUCACCUGCCUUCGUGGGCUCAGAGUGGCCCCAGACCGAGCUAGCAGGAUUGUUGCAGCAUGUGUUGUGCUCCACAAUGUCGCCACCAUACGGAGGGAGAGGGCCCCUCCUGUCGACCAACAACCCCCUGAUGUGGUGGACCCCAUCACCCUCGACUACCCUACUGGCAGGGCUGUGAGAGAGGCCAUCACAGACCAAUUUUUGGCCUGA